UCCUGAAACCUUGUUGUUGCACAAAAAGAGAAGAAAAAGAAAAGUGAGGAGAGGAUUUGAGUCGGUUAAAGGAAGAAAGUCUCCACAGUGAUCACUGUUGAGAAGAUAGCAGGCGAGUGAGACAAGAACAGGAUCUGUGUUGUCAGCUGUGGAGUUUCCUUUGCUGCAGUUCCUCUUAUGCUUAUUGCACUUUGAGUCAUUAGGACUGACGGCCUCAGUCAUCAACAAUCAGGAUGUUUGUUCUCAUCUGGGCGACUCUGCUUUUCUCUGUGAGGGGCAUCGAUGCUGUCACAGGUGAAUCAGUGAAGAGAUUACAAUCCUGUUACAGUGAAUUCUGUAUCACUCUCAUUGAAGGAGAAAUAACAGCAGAGGCUGGACUCUGUGUUGUGAUACCGUGUUUUUUCACUACUGGUAAUGGCUUUACACCCCAAUAUGUGGUGUGGUACAAAUGUGAACCACCUAAAGGCAGAUGUGGUGAUGCAGACGUUAUAUUCCACACUAACGAGAACAACAACAACAAAGUUCAGGCUGAGUUUUUAGGACGAGUUUCACUGUUGGAGCCUGAUGUGAGUCAGAAGAACUGCAGCAUCAUCAUCAAUGAGCUCACUGAGUCAGACUCUGGAAAAUAUCAAGUCAGAGUUAAUAGUGUCAACUAUUGGGGACAAGAGAGAUCCACAUUUUCUACAAGAGCAACUGUCUCUGUUAAAGGUCUUACCCAGAAGCCCUCAGUGCUGAUUCCUCCUCUGACAGAGGGGCAGCAGACCACACUGACCUGCACUGCUCCUGGUCUCUGCUCUGGAUCUCAUCCUGAAAUCACCUGGACGUGGAGAGAAGCAGGAGAGAAGGACUCUUACAUCACAGGAAACAUCACUGCAGUCACACAGGGACGCAGUUCAACUUUGACCUUUAACCCUUCAGCUGAACACCACGGCACCAAUGUCACCUGUAAGGUCAACUUCACAAGCAACAUCAGUACAGAUGAGACAGCGACUCUGAAUGUGGCCUAUGUCAAGGACUUUAGAACAACUGGGACUACAAUCGUGAAGGAGGGCGAGACUCUGAAUCUGACCUGCAGUGUUGAAAGUUUCCCUCCAUCUCUCAUCACGUGGACAACAUCUUCUGAGACAAACAGGCAAAAUGGAACAGAAAGGAAUCGGCAGAACAACACUGAGCUAUUCAUGCAGAGAGAAAGUGAAACUGGCACUUUGUCCAUCUCUAAUGUGACAACAGACAAUUCUGGGAAAUACAUCUGCAGAGCAAAACAUCUGAAUAUAACCCUGGUGAAAAUUGUUGAUGUAAAAGUCAUAUAUGUGAAGAAACCUGUCAUCACUGGUCGUACAACAGUUGAGGAGGGAGAUGCUCUGAGUUUAACCUGCAGUGUUGAAAGUUUUCCUCCAUCUCAUAUCACAUGGACUGUACUUGGCUCCAACAAAAAGCUGUACAAUGGACCUGAGAAGGACACUGGAUCGGCCACACUCGUCCUCCCUAAUGUGACGACGGAGGUCUCCGGACAGUACAUCUGUACAGCACAACAUCUGGACAAGACUGUGGCGACGUAUGCUGAUGUAACCGUGACUUGGUUUUCAAAGAUCUUAAACAACUCUGGGUGUGAGGUUCAGUCGGGGGUACUGACCUGUGUGUGCAUCAGUGAGGGGUUUCCCUUGCCCACCAUCGAAUGGCCGCUGUUGAAGAACCACACAGAGUACUCUGUGAUCACCACUGUGUCCAACCACACAGUCAACAGCACCGCCACUCUAACUGUAAAAGACCACAGCGGCACUUCUAUUGAGUGUGUCAGCAGCAGUGGAAAUGGGGAAGCAAGAGAAACCAUCAACAUCAGAAAAAACACAUUAGAACAAAAGGGAACCCCCUUAAGACUAGUUUCGUGGCUAGGAGUCGUCAUUGCCUUCUUGCUUGGGGUACUACUUUCAGCACUUCUUUGCGGUUUGACCACAAAAUGCCACAGAAAAAUACGCAAGAUCUCUAGAAACCUGGAUGAGACUCUGGAGAUGGGGACCAGUCCAGAGGAUCCACUGAUAGAUGCUGGUCAAGCAGUCGAAGAUGAUCAGACCUACUACCAAGAGUUUGCUGAUGGAGAAGGAGGAGCUGCAGCAGCAGAACAAGCAGCCCCUGAUCUCAAUGGUGGACCUAACGACGUGCAGUACGCCAGCAUUGAUUUCUCCGUUUUGAGAAGAAAGAAUCCCAAGGAGGCAGAAAAGAAGCAAGAAACCACAGAGACGGAGUAUGCUGAAAUUAAGAGAGAAGUCAAAGAGGAAACAGAACACAAUGGCGGAGAGGAAGGUGAUGUGUUGGAGAGGGCGAUGCUCGGGGAGGAUGAAGGGACAAAACAUUGUGUUCCUGGAGAGGACGACAGGGAGGACGCCGCGGUGUACUCCAACGUGAAGGAUAUUAUGUCUGAGAUUUGAGGACUGUUGUAUUGUAGAUAAUGUUUCUUUACCAUCAUCAGUUGUGAUGGAUUGGUUAUUCCAGUGAAUUAACGGUUUCUAACAGCUGUGGUCUUCAAACGCUACAUUCAGCCUGUGGUGAACUGAAGUGACAGACGCUUCAACCUCUGCUUGUUGAGGUGUGUGCAAAUCCAUUCAAUCAUCUGAGGACUAAAUUGGACAAAGUGUCCAUAUUCAAGUGCUAAUGUGUUGACUUUUCAUAUGAAUCCCAGAUUAGUUUACACAUAACCAUGAAGAAGUUGACUCCUCUGGAGUAUAAAGGGCCAACCACCUAUGGAUUACCAUUAAGCGUUAUUCGUGUUCGCCAGGGGAUGUAUCCCAAGGACCUUGUGCAUUCUGUGACUUCCUCUGGCUCCACCAUCAGGUUGGCGUGUGGUUUUUGAACGAGCUGACUAAACAACUAUUGGAUGGAUUGCCAUGAAAUUUUGCAGAGACACAAAUGUCCACCUCAGGAUUAUUAACUUUGGUUAUCCCUGAAUGUUUUAAAACUAGUACCAUCAUCUGGUGAAAAAUUCACUUAAAAAAAAUUACCACAAUACCGGCAAAACAAAAUACCUGCUAAAACUAAGAUGAUGAAUAUGUUAAACAUUUUACCUGCUUAACAGCCAUCUUAGCAUUGUAUUGUACAUAAGUUAGCAAGCUCACGUUAGCAUUUAGCUUAAAAUGCCUUUGCACUUGACAGAGCCGCUAGCAGAGGAUCUUAAUCUUGUUCCAUUUAAAGUUUCUCAAAGAAACUCAAAGGACAGGAUGACAUUUUGUCAAGUCCGUUUCAUUUUAUACUUUAAAGAAGAACCUUUGUAGAUAACCAGUGGAGCUGUCUAACUCAGACUGCUGAAGCUUCAUAUUAGCUUCAGCUGAACUUAAUGACGCAUGUUUUCACAGACUGCAGAUUUUGUUUACAUCUAUUGAACUGGAAUUUAAUUUGGAUGGGAUUCUUGAGGGCAUCUAUUGUAGAAAUGUUUGUUUAUAUGCAUGUUAGUAUUGUUUCAAGAAAGUUUAAAAAAGGACUCCUUUUAAACUAGUGUGGAUUUUUAUGGAUUAAUUUAAUAUAAAAUAUGAACAGUUGUUGAACUACAAAUUGCAGAUUAGUAUGCCGUUCUUUUUUUUAGCUUUUUGGAUUGAUCUGCUUUUUCAAACUGAUAACAUGUUUGGCCCAAUGUGUCUCUACAACCCUGUUAAUGUUCUUUUAGGAAGAUGUAGAUUACGUCCCCUUUUAAUAAUUUAAAAAGAAAACGUUGUUUGGGAUGUUUUCAGUUAUUACGAAAACCUUUUUCCUACAUUCUGUAUUAUUGACAGGAUAUGUAGGAGUGUUCAAUAUGCAGGCUGAUAAGGACAAAUGUGGAACCAUUUAGCAGCUAAAUAUAGUUAUAGUUAUAAUCAACCAUCUCAAAUUGUUAACAGGAAGUUAUUAGAAAGAAUACAGUGAUGCCAUGUAAGACAAUGUUUAAAUACAUAAUCACUUGAGACUUCAAUAAACCAUGAAAACCAUACUGUUACAAA